AAAACCACACUCAACAAACAGUUGACAAUGGGCCACAAUUUGGAGACGAGAUCGUUUCUAGAUGAGGUGAGGAGCUUCGAUAAUGCCGGAGUCCUCUUCGAUUUAGGUCAUCCUCUUCUCAAUAGGAUGGCCGGAAGCUUCGUUACGGCCGCCGGUAUUGGGGCAGUUCAGGCGGUUUCACGAGAGGCAUGUUUCACAGCUCUAGAAAAUGUAAGUGGAGACGAGACCAGUAUGGAUAAUUCAAAAAAGCUCGAUCGUUUUCGAAGCCUUCAGGGGGAAACCAACAGAAAUUCUGUUGAAGCCUUGGUAUGUUUGUUAGUACGAGUAGCCCGAUUAUGCAACUAUGGUUAUAUGCUGAUGAAAAUCAUGGCUCUGCUGGUGACGAGCACUGGGAAAGAAUCGUUACAAUGGGGUUUGGCUGCUGGGAUGUAUUCCGGUCUUACUUUUGGUUUAAAAGAAGCUCGAGGAGUUCAUGAUUGGAAAAACAGUGCGGUUGCAGGAGCGAUCACAGGUGCAACUCUGGCGCUAACAUCCGAUGAUUCUUCUCAACAUCAAAUUGUGCAGUUUGCCAUCACGGGUGCAGCUAUGUCCACAGCUGCAAAUCUUCUCACUGGGAUUUUCUAGGAUGCGUCUCUUUAUGAGUAAGAGGAGGGUUACUUGGGAUCGUCUUUAUUCCACAGUUGCUGGUGAAAAUUUCUAUGUUUCUAUAUGUAUAUAGAUAUAUUCCUGCAUGAUUGAAGUCUUAUGUUUCGUUAUAAUCGUGGUUGGGUGUGGUUAGCUGGUGGGUUGGAUU